CGCCGCUGCUUGCUGGGUACCAAAAGCUGGACAAGCGAUCUUCUAGAAUUUCAUUUCUCUCUCUCCGCUGGCCAAGAAAUGGUUCGCUCUUGAAGCUGCUCCCAUUAUAAUUAUUGUGGUCCGGCUCUCUUAGGCGCAGCGAUGCUCUCCAAAACCAACCACUUGCUCAGGAAAUUUUCCUCCACCGCCACGGAUUAUUACCAAAAUAAACUAAAGCUAGCUUUGAUAGGCCAGAGCCUUUUUGGGCAAGAGGUCUACAAGCACUUGCAAAAGGAAGGCCACAAAGUUGUGGGAGUGUUCACAGUCCCAGACAAAAAUGGAAAGGCCGACCCUUUGGCAUCAGCUGCAGAAAAGGAUGGAACCCCUGUGUUUAAGUUCCCAAGGUGGAGAGUUAAGGGCAAGCCAGUCGAGGAAGUUAUGGAAGCCUACAAAUCAGUUGGAGCAGAGCUGAACGUCCUUCCGUACUGCACACAGUUCAUUCCCAUGGAUGUUAUUGACAGUCCGAAGCAUGGUUCCAUUAUUUACCAUCCAUCAAUUCUUCCCCGUCAUAGAGGUGCUUCUGCAAUCAACUGGACUUUAAUCCAAGGGGAUAAAAAGGCUGGCUUCACCAUUUUCUGGGCCGAUGAUGGUCUGGACACAGGGCCAAUUCUCCUACAGAGGGAAUGUGAUGUUGCCCCAAAUGAUACUGUUGAUGACCUGUACAAUCGGUUUCUUUUCCCAGAAGGAAUAAAAGCUAUGGUAGAAGCUGUACAGUUAAUUGCUGAUGGUAAAGCUCCUCAUAUAACCCAGCCUGAAGAAGGGGCAACUUAUGAAGGCAUUCAGAAGAAAGAAAACGCAGAGAUUUCCUGGGAUCAACCAGCUGCAGCUUUGCACAACUGGAUCCGAGGGCAUGAUAAAGUACCUGGAGCUUGGGCAAUGAUUGAUGACCAGGUGGUUACUUUCUAUGGAUCAUCAUUACUUCAUGGUUCACCACCUCUGGGUGAAGAGCUGGCAAUAAAAGGUGCUGCAAAACCUGGUCUUGUAACGAAGAACGGACUGGUUCUGUUUGGCAAUGAUGGAAAGAUGUUGCUGGUAAGAAAUCUACAGUUUGAAGAUGGAAGAAUGAUACCAGCAUCUAAAUACUUCUACACUGAUGAGCUGUCUGCCAUAGAACUUACUGAAGAAGAGAAUGAGAUGGCAGAAAAUAUCAAGUCCAUUUGGAAGGGAAUUUUGAGCAAUGUGGCUGUAAUUGAAGAUGCCACGGACUUCUUUAAAUCUGGAGCUUCUUCUAUGGAUGUUGUUAGGAUGAUUGAAGAGAUUAAGCAAAAAUAUGGUGAACUUGAGCUACAGAAUGAAGAUGUCUAUAUGGCGCCCAAGUUUGGAGAUUUCAUCCAAAUGGUUGUCAGAAAGCACAGGGGAGAAGACAAGGAGGAAGAAUUAGUAAUUGAUUAUGUUUCAAAAGAUGUCAACCGUAUGACUGUGAAAAUGCCAUAUCAGUGUUUUAUUAAUGGGCAGUUUGUGGAUGCUGAAGACGGGAGAACAUACGACUCUAUAAAUCCAAGCGAUGGAUCUGUGAUUGCCAAAGUGUCACUCGCUACAGUGAGUGAUGUUGAUAAAGCAGUUGCGGCAGCGAAGAAUGCCUUUGAGCAUGGUGAAUGGGGAAAGAUGAAUGCAAGAGACAGAGGGAGAAUAUUGUACAGACUUGCAGAUUUGAUGGAAGAACACCAAGAAGAAUUGGCAACCAUUGAGUCUAUUGAUUCAGGAGCUGUUUACACACUGGCUUUGAAGACCCACGUCGGAAUGUCAGUGCAAACAUUCCGAUACUUUGCUGGAUGGUGUGAUAAAAUACAGGGGUCUACCAUUCCAAUUAACCAUGCACGGCCAAACCAUAACUUAACUUUCACCAAGAAGGAACCCUUAGGUGUCUGUGCAAUUGUCAUUCCCUGGAACUACCCACUGAUGAUGCUUGCGUGGAAGAGUGCAGCGUGUUUGGCUGCUGGCAACACUUUAGUUCUGAAACCAGCACAGGUAACUCCACUGACUGCCUUAAAGUUCGCUGAGCUCUCUGUGAAAGCAGGAUUUCCCAAAGGCGUUAUCAAUAUUCUACCUGGUUCAGGAGGUUUAGUAGGGCAACGCUUGUCCGAGCACCCAGACAUUCGUAAACUUGGGUUCACUGGCUCAACACCAAUUGGGAAACUCAUCAUGAAGAGCUGCGCUGUCAGCAAUCUGAAGAAGGUUUCUUUGGAGCUGGGCGGAAAAUCCCCGCUGAUCAUAUUCAACGACUGUGAACUUGACAAAGCUGUGAGAAUGGGCAUGGGAGCCGUUUUCUUCAACAAAGGAGAGAACUGCAUUGCAGCCGGCAGACUUUUUGUGGAAGAAUCAGUCCACGAUGAAUUUGUUAGGAGAGUGGUGGAAGAAGCCAAAAAGAUGAAAAUUGGUGACCCACUUGACAGAUCUACAGACCAUGGUCCACAAAACCAUAAAGGACAUUUGGAAAAGCUUCUGGAAUAUUGUGAAGCUGGCGUGAAAGAAGGGGCUAGUCUGGUAUAUGGAGGAAGACAAGUAGGUAGACCAGGCUUCUUCAUGGAACCUACAAUAUUCACAGAUGUUGAAGAUGAUAUGUUCAUUGCACAAGAAGAGUCUUUUGGUCCUGUAAUGGUCAUUUCCAAGUUCAAAGAUGGGGAUGUUGAUGGGGUGUUGGAACGAGCCAACCGGACCGAAUACGGCUUGGCUUCAGGGGUCUUCACCAAAGACAUAAGCAAAGCUCUCUACGUCAGCGAUAAGCUGGAAGCUGGAACAGUUUUCAUCAACACCUAUAACAAAACUGAUGUGGCCGCCCCAUUUGGAGGAUUCAAGCAGUCUGGCUUUGGAAAGGAUUUAGGUGAAGAAGCGCUUCAUGAGUAUCUCAGAACGAAAGCUGUAACUGUGGAAUAUUAAGCAUCGCGACUGGGGUGGCAUAGUGUUCUUAAAACACUUCACCAAGCACAAGACAGGACUACAAAAUGACAACAGCAAAACCGUGAACUUCCACUGGCACUUAAACGCAAAAUCAGAACCUCAUCGCACUGAGCAACAUGAAGAUCUCUUGCAUUCACAAUAGGAACAAGGCACUCGCCCCAGCUAUGCCAUUCGUUCCAAACCGUUUUAUGAUGUGGAUCCUCCAGCAGAGUUCCGCAUGCAUUCAGUAGGGAACCACUUCUGAGUCAUAGACUUUACUGUGAAAUUAUCUGCUUCUGCAGCGUUUUUGUACUGUGGUCUCCGCUACCCUGGAUGUCAUCACCUGUAAAAGCAACUGAACCAUUCAGUGG